AUGUUUUUCUUUAUAUUCUUCAUUACACUUUCAGAGCAAGGAGAAAGAAUUAUAGAAGAAGUUGGAAAAGGUGCUACAGAAUUCAUUGAGGAAGUUAAAGAAAUAUCAAAAUCUACAUAUGCGUUUAUUGACAAACACGCCGAUCCUAAAUCAUGGAAAGAGUACAUCAUGAACCUUCACGUAGUUCAGAUACUCAUCAAAUUAGUUAACGAACUUGUAAAUUAUAUCGCUCAAUUUCUUAAAUUUAUAUUAGAUCAGUUACCUUAUGCGAGGUUCCAAAGUUCAUUACAAGACAUUUAUAAAAAGAACGCAAAACUUAGAAAAGAAAAUGAAGAACAUAUACAAGAAACUAUGAAGAAAUACAACGAUCUUUAG